ACAAACGUUUAUUUUAUUUACCUCGAGUUCGCAAACAAAACACUACAACGCAAUAAUAUAUUCGUACAAUUAUUGAUCGAUAAUAAUAUACAAUUCCUACGAUCGUGAUUAAAACUCGAAUUCAUAUUAUAUACAUAAAUAGAAGUAGAAGUAGAAGUAUUCUAUUUUAUACCUAUAAUGAUACAAAAACGCGCACUACACGGAAUCAAUAAAGGGUUAUGGCGUUGAACAGCGGAAGUAAUCAAAAGACGACCAUGGACGCCCUUUGAGAGCGGCUGCGGCAGACGAUCACGUCCGGCGUAUUAGAAUGACGGUCCAGGUAGCUCUGCCCGGAAGGAGAAUCGACCAGCCAGUAGGAAUCGAUUUGGUCGUAUCGUACUACACGGUAAUGACUGUGGCACUUGUCAGUGGAUUCGGCCUCCUGGGGUUUUUAGCUUAUUGGAUUAGAAAAGCUUGCUCAAAUGGCAGCCGGUAUCAGUACACGGCGUUGGAACCGGAUUCCAUGGGACAGGAACGGAUGGAACUGGAACGUAAAGCACGACAACACGCUCAAAAUGCAUGUAAGCACUACUUGAGGUUCUGUCCUCGAUACGCCCUUCUUCAACACCUCAACGACAUUGGGUCGAGGGUGGACAAACAUUGGUUUGUAGUACGUGACGGAUCUGUCAAAACAGAACGUCUAUUGACACUUGUGCCCAAAAAUCCCAAAAGCGUUCUAGAGUGCACAUCAGAAACCAGACGUACCAUACUAGAUCUUUUUCUAACAUUACAACAUCCGUAUAUAUAUCCCGUAYUGGAUGUAGAGUUUGUUGAAGGCGCAACUGAUCCAGAAACAACAUUUAUUACAUUAGUAUUACCUUUCAACAGUAAGGGAAGUCUCAAAGAUCUUAUAUAUAAGAGCUGUUGGCAUGAUGAUUGGAGUGAUAAGUACGGACAACGCAGUGAAGGUUUGCCAUUGUCACAGAUACAAAGACUGGGUCGUCAGAUUCUAGAAGCACUUUUAUUCCUUAAGGAGAGAAAGUUUCCACAUGAUUGUAAUUUACAUUCGGGCAAUGUAAUUCUUCAGAAUGGCGUGGCCAGGAUCACAGGCUUAGAAAAUUCUCUACUUGGUUUUACAUCAAGAAUUCAACCUAUUGUUAUGAGUGGUAAUUUCAUAUUAGAUGAUUUUUCGGCAGUUGAUGUCAUUUGCUUCGGUCAUGUUCUAUUUGAAAUGGCAGCUGGAUAUGAAUUGCUUACUCCAGAACCUAGUGAAAUUAAUUUACGAGAUAUUGCUCACUACCCUCAAGUUGUUGAAAUUAUGGACCAUGUGUUUAAAAAUCCUAUGGGCCAAGUACCAACUAUAGAACAAUUAGUCAUGACUGAAUUCUUUAGAAAUAUUGAUCUCAGAGAAAUGCGUGCAACGUCCUGGCCUCUAUUACAAGCCAAAAUGACGGCUUCUUCAUCACAGUUAUUGGAAACUGUUAGAAACAGAAAUAGUAGCAAGAGUGGCUCGACUCCAAAUAACAAUGAUGUAAUAGAAACAAGCACUAAGGAAAAUCUACAAAUCAGGAAACUAUCAAUGAGAAGUAAAAGUUGUGACGAUGAAAAGUAUUCACAUGCAACUGAAAGAAAAUCAAAUUUUGUUGGUGACAAAGAAUGCAUAGAACAUCGUGGAUUAUCAUUGUAUCACCGACAACAGUCACUAGACUUCCAGUUUUUGGGAUAAUAAUUAAUAGCUCUCUAGUUAGUCUAUUAAUUUUAGACUGACACUAUUUCUAAUUUCGAGCAAUAUAUUUUAUUAUUUAAAAAUUGUUAAUAGGCAAUCUUAAUU